AUGGCCUCACUAGAGGAAAAGGAGGCGUGGUUCAAACAACUCCAGACACCUGAUAGUGAUGAUGAGUUUGAUACAGAAGAGGAACAAGAAAGGCUACGAUGUCGCAGAUUUUUUGUCUCCAAAUCGAAACCAAAAUCACAACCGACUCCUAAACCUCAAGCAAAAGAGUCCCUUGUGUUGGACAUCACCAAUGAUGAAUCUCAAUACUCAAGAGUGACGCCUAGGAGAGUCGCCUCGGCCCCGUCACCAGCACCCGCCCAAGGGCCAACGAUUAUCAAGGGAACGCCAAUGACAGCUUUGGGCCAGAAGAGUAGACCCGCCACGCUCUUGAAUCAGCGUGGUGAUGGGGCUAUUCUAGUUGAUGAUACACCUGUCCCCGACACUGCUCGCCCGACGCAGAGGAUUCUACCCAGGAGCGAUUCUUCGCCCCUCCUUGCCUCCCUGAGAAGUCUCGGCCAAGCGGUCGUUGAGUCUCCUUCACCAAGCCUGACAACGAAGAAAAGGAAGCGCGAGUCUUUACCCAAGUUCCGGCCAGAGAGUGAGCAAAUCUUGAAAGGUAUUACUUUCUUCUACGUUCCUGAUGAUGACAUCGCGCCGGUUCGGAGGUUGCGCAUCACAAGGGCACGCGAGUUUGGUGCAACCUGGGUGCGAGCGCCGCACCUUGCAACCCACAUUGUGGUGGAGAAGCAUAUCAAGUUCCACGAGCUGGAGGGUAUUUUGAAGAAAAUCAACAGGACUCUUCCACCCAAAGUGGUCAACGAUGAAUAUUUCAUCGACUGCGCCCGGUUCAAGACCCUCCUUCAAUCCAACCAAAAACAGUACUGCCUUAUAGGCCAACCUGUGACCGCCGAAAAUGAGUCCUCAGUUGUUCCACGCAGCCCUUUGGAGUCGGCUCACUCAUUACCACUCAAGCCGCUUGUGAAAAACUCGAGGCGAUGGGACCAUGUCCCUAUUCAAGGUACCCCAGAGAGGAGCGAACAAUCACCUCAUCAAAGUCAAAUACCUGAGACCCCUGCUUCCUCAGAUUCGCAGCCUGUGAUACUCAACCUUCAAGAUAUGGUCUCGUCUCGUCCUGGCAGUGCGGCUCAUUCCCGAAAUACUUCCCUGUCAGCUGUACAAGAUACCGACAGUGCUAGGCGAGUUCAGAAAGAAGACGAGCAGAAAGACGAGCUGUCUGAAUAUAUCAAGAUAAUGGCCGAGUAUAAGGACCUCCCAUUAGAUGCAGAUGAUGAAGACGCUCAAACUGUCACAUAUAUGGGAGAUAUGGAACCAGAAGAACAAUGUCUUUCAGGCUCAGAAGACGAGAUUACCAAUGCACGCAAGUCGAGAAGGAAGACGAGAUCAAGCGGCAAAUACAUCGCUUUCGAGGAUCGGUUUUCAUGCAACUCAGCAGGGGCAAAGGACGCUAAAGCGGGGAAUCCUAAUGCCCGCACAAUCGAGGUCCUACAAAAGAUGUCUGAUUACUACAACCGUAUCGACGACCACUGGCGAACAACGGCGUACAGAAAAGCCAUCAGCACUCUGAAGCGCCAAGAGACCAAGAUCACAUCUGCUGAAGAAGCGCAACGGUUACCCAGCGUGGGAACCCGCCUGGCGCAAAAGAUUGAGGAGAUUGUCACGACCGAUAGGCUACAGCGACUUGAGUUCGCCCAAAAGGAACCAAUGGACGAGGCACUCCAACUAUUUCUGAGUAUCUACGGCGUGGGAAAUAGCCAGGCUCAACAGUGGCUGGCACAAGGGUUCCGAACACUGGAGGACCUGAAGGCCAAGGCUAAACUCUCACCAAACCAGUCGUUAGGCAUCGAGCAUUACGCCGAUCUUAACACUAGAAUCCCUCGAAGUGAGGUAGAAGCUCUGGGCCUUGUUGUAAAGAGAACCGCCCAGCAUAUCGAUCCAGAGGUGGAGCUCAUUAUUGGAGGCAGCUACCGAAGAGGAGCAGAAACAUCUGGUGACAUUGACUUGAUCAUCACAAAGUCGAAUACCGAGUCUUCAGCUGAUCUGCGGCCUUUCCUCGACAGUCUUGUUCAGCGCCUCGAGACAGAAGGGUUCCUUGUGGCACGACUAGCAUCAUCUCGGUCUACCAGUGACGGAAGUAAAUGGCAUGGCUGCUGCGUGCUCCCCAAGGUCAGUGGUUUUAGCGACGACGACUACAAACCCGUUUGGCGGCGCAUUGAUUUCUUGCUUGUGCCCGAGUCCGAAAGGGGUGCCGCUUUGCUAUACUUCACCGGCAACGACAUCUUCAACCGCAGCAUGCGCCUGUUGGCUUCCAAAAAAGGAAUGAGACUGAACCAGCGCGGCUUAUACAAGGAUGUCAUGCGUGGUCCGCAAAGAGUCAAGGUUACAGAGGGAGAGUUGGUGGAGGGACGAGACGAACGAAAAAUCUUUGAUAUUCUUGGUGUUAAAUGGAGAGAACCUCAUGAACGAUGGUGCUAA